AUGCAUUCCACGCACAUCCUCAAGCUGCUGGUGGCAGCCCUGUCUGCCAACACCCUCACCCAGGGCUUCAUCAUCGACGCUGCAAUCCUCAACCGACAUGGCAUCGAGCUGGCCCGCAGGCAGGGACUCGUGGGGGACGCUCUCAACAAUGCCGCCGACGCUGUAACCGGUAGCGGCGGUGCAGCCGUAACAACUACCAGCGAAGAGUCCACCCCCACCACAGCCACAGCGGCCGAGGAGACCACGAGCACCACCUCCAGGGAGACAACGGCCACCUCGACAUCUCAGGACUCAGCACCUACCACAUCCGAGAAUGCUCCCUCGCCGACAACCACCUCCUCCGGCGACACACCGGCGCCGUCGACUACCGCAGGCGGCACCGCUGCUACAACACUAUCCUCCGAGACUACAUCCAGCGGAGCGUCUACCUCAGCCACCACAACUGCGGAGCCCAUCACAUCCACCACCGUCGUCGUUGUCACUGCCACGGAUGGGUCGGUUAGCAGCUCCACAUCCGUUUCGGUCUCGACCCCGACGCCAGGCUUGAGCGAAGCCAACAGCAAUGGUAGCUCCGGGAUGCCCGAGUCGACCAAGAAAACUAUCAUUGGUGUUGUUGUCGGCGUUGGAGGUGCCAUCGUCCUGGCUGUUGCCGGUCUCUUCGCCUGGAGGAUCUGGGGCCGCAAGAAGGCCAACGAGGAGAAUGACGGUCUGAUGAGCUACAACAACGGAGCUGAGGGCAAGAGCGAGGUUGGCGGCCUUAAUGCCGGAUCCACCGUUACUGGCAGUGCGCGGUCUCCAUUCCAAAGCACGCUGGAGAGCUACCAUGCCCCAAGUAAUGUCAACGCUUCCUCAAACUUCUAG